AAUUUGUAAAUUUUAGGGAUCUAAAUAUAAAUAUUCGGAUCACGACUAUUAAUCGCGAUCCAAUCUAGGGUCUUAUUUGUAAAUUACCGGGGGCUAUAUGCAAAUACUAUGCAUAUGGCCGGCGAUAUGGAUGCCGUCUGGCCGGCGGCCGCUGGCGGGGACGCGGGGUCCGUCGCGCUGCCGCCGGCGACCUCUGGUACCCCCGCCAUCGUGCUUCCUGCGCUCCGCUCCGUCGCGUUCCUCCGGAUCCCCUGGCGCUCCAGCGUUGCCUCUACCCAGGCCACCGGCGUACGGACCAAGCUCGCUGGCGCCGACGGGCUCAGCCAUCGCACGCACGGCGCCAACCACAGACGCUGGCCGGAAGCGAGCGCCGCAAUCAAUGGUGCAGCGCGGAGGAAACUGGCUCCAAAAGGGGAACUCCGAAUUCGGCUGCAUCUCGAGGAAGAGCAUGGACCUCAACCGGCUCGGCAGCUUCAGGUUCUUGAGCGUCCAGCUCGCGGCCCGCAACGCCAUCUCGAACCACCCAGCAGCCAGCAUCAUCCACGGAAUAACAGCGCUCCGGGUCCAGUUCAAUCAGGCUGCUAUCUCAAUCAGCGCUACAGCUGCCAGCCCUUCAAAUUUGAAGUUCUGAGCAGCUUGCUAAGUGCUGCAAAGCUGAAAAUGUGGGACUUCAAGCAAAGAAGCUCGAAUGUAAUGAGAACCAUUACAGCAAUUCGCCACGGAUGUAAUGUUGGGUUGGGCUGCGCAGCCCGUUUGUUUUUCUCUAUUGGUUGCAAGCACCAGCUCGCUGAGCACAGCUGCAGGGGUCACGGCGGAGCCUUCCUUCAAUGGGAUGCUUCGAUAUGCAGGACUGGAGUGGGCAGCCAGAGCAUGAAGCAUUUGAUGGCUGCCUUCAAGGUGUUUGACGGAAUGCGCAUACACCACUGAAUCGCCAGGCUGGGCUAUGGCUGACACCUCAAGAGUCAAAGAUUUAGUCUGUCCUGCUGCGUCUUCAUUGGGAUUGCUUGGGAAGGUACAAGGAGUUUGCAACGUUGAGGAUUCUUGUGACUCCAUGUUGAGAGAGUUUUCUUGGGAAGAUACCAAACUAACCAAGGAGACUAACUUGAGGUACAGGGAGCCUGCAACGUUGAGGAUUCUGGUGACGGUAGUCAAGGGAACACUGAGAUCGAGGAGCAGAUUCACAACAAGAAAACUAUUCAAAUCUUCACCAUCUGUGUACAACUCACAAUUUAGGAUAUCAUAGAAUUGCGGCGCUUGUCCAGCGCGGACUGCGCAAGGAGUUGAUGCCGCGGCAUCUGGCGUUCGUGAUGGACGGGAACAGGCGGUGGGCGGAGGCGCGCGGCCUGACGACGGCGGAGGGCCACGAGGCCGGUGGUCGGGCGCUCAAGAAGAUACUGCAGCUCUCAGUUGCCUGGGGCAUCCGCGCCAUAACGGUGUUCGCCUUCUCGCAAGAGAACUUCAGGCGCCCCGAGGAGGAGGUCGACUGCUGCAUGGAGCUGAUCGAGCAGGGGAUCCGUGAUGAGAUGGAAGAGUACACGAGGAAUGGAAUUCGGCUGCAUGUCAUUGGCGAUCCCUCAACCCGGCCAGCUUCUCUGCAGGACGCUGUUCGGGAGGCCGAGGAGAUGACGAGGAACAACUCGCGGUUCCAUAUGAUCCUAGCGACCUGCUACAGCGGGCGGUGGGACAUCGUGCAAGCGUGCCGGCAGCUCGCCGCCAAGGUGCAGGACAAGCUGCUCAAUCCGGAGGACAUCGACGAGGCGAUGCUCGCCGGCCACCUCUCCACGAACGUCCUGGGAGAGUUCGCAUGCCCCGACCUGCUCAUCAGAACAAGCGGCGAGCUGAGGCUCAGCAACUUCUUGCUCUGGCAGUCUGCCUACACCGAGCUCUACUUCAGUAACAGAAUGUGGCCUGAUUUUGACGAGGAUGAGUACCUCGAGGCGUUGAAGAACUUCCAGCGCAGAGAACGGAGGUUUGGCCAAAGGAAACCAUCGUCCCAAGAAAGCAACUGAAACGCAAGGGAGUUUGUCAAUGGUAAGCCAUUGCUUCGAAUCGAUCAGGAAACCGAAUAAAAGUGGGCGUAUUAUUGCGGAUGGAAUAUUGAAAGGUUCUUCAUAUGCACGAAUAAGGGAUCUUGUAACAUACAGUUAAUAUUCAAGUACACAUGUUCUGAAGAUGACGAAUGGCACGCUUUUUAUUCACCUCA